AUGGAUAUCAAUAGCGGUAACUUCUCAGAAGAAGUCAUCAAAAUAAUCGAGCAUAUCGCCAGCAGCCGAUUUAUCGCUUUUGAUCUGGAAUUCUCAGGUGUCGCGGGGAGGAAGCCCGGAGGUCGUUCAGGCCAGCUUGAUUUACACGAGUAUUACCAAGACCUCAGAUCGGCGGCGCAGAUCUAUCAGAUCUUACAGGUCGGUUUGACUGUUGUCACUGAGGACAUCGAGGAAGGACGAUAUGACACUCGUCCUUAUAAUUUCCACCUCAGUCCAUUACCCGCAACCAAAGAAUCAGUCUUCACUCGAGUAUGGUCGUAUAACAGUGGCGCAAUCUCUUUCCUACUACGCAAUGGAUUCAGCAUUGAUAAACCCAUUACAGAGGGUAUCCACUACCUGUCUCGGCAGGAGGAGGACCAAGUGCGCAAGAAAAUGCUCGAAGACGAACAGCUGAGAUCGAACAUUCCGGAUAUGAAACUCAAAGAGGAAGACGCCUGUCUGGUAGAACAUAUCAAGCAGUCAAUUGACGAGUGGCAGACCUUGCCCAAGGGCAAGCAGGAAGCCUAUCUCAACAUCCCCGCAGAGGAUGCUAAAGAACCCAUACCUUCCGAAUUAAAUCGCUAUCAGGUUCGACUAACCCAUCAAAUCGUUAGAAACGAAUAUCCGAACCUCAAGACGCAAGGAAUGGGUCAUUUUGUCCAAAUCACCAAUCCUACCAGCAAGCAGCAAGCUAGCGAGAAAAAAGAGCGUGAGCAAAGACGCGAGACAGAGGUAGCGAACGCUAUCGGUUUCCGCUGGAUCUUGGAGGCCAUUCUCGGCGGCGACAUCUCUAAAAUUCCACACUACUAUGUGGUAUCGGCAUUUCCACCGGAAGAUCAACCCAAGGACGUACAGGCCUUUCUCAACCAGCUCCAGAAAACAUUGCAAAGCCAGUCCCGCGCCUUGGUCGGCCACAACUGCUUAACAGAUGUCAUGAAUUUGUACCGGUGUUUUAUUGGCGACCUUCCGGAGAACGUAGAAGACUUCAGCGCAAGUCUGCGGGACUUGUUCCCCAUCAUCAUUGACACCAAGUAUGUCGCUGGUCUGGGCAACAAGCGAUGGGCCGACACGUCUCUAAGAGCUGUUGAGAGCGACUUGGCUUCUGUGGCAUUGCCUGAGAUACAUUUGCCCCUCCAUUUCGAUCGAUACGUUCAUGUUGCCAACUAUCACGAGGCUGGGUUUGAUAGCUUUGUGACGGCCAAGAUUGGACUGAAGCUGCCUGCCAAGUUGAGAAGAGAGCAAAAAGAUGUCGCAUCUUUGGUUGAGAGGUCUGCUCGCCUAGCGGAAGAGAAGACGCGUGCUACAUCACCAAAACAUGCCGGUCCAACAACAACCGAAGUCCAGGAAGGAGAAGAUGGCCACAAGCAAGGCGUGACACGGUCACUUGUCGACAUGAUCAGGGCUCCAGUAAGCACGGUCAAGUCUAUGCUAACAGGAGCACCAAGCGCAGUCGAUCAAGUUUCCACCACGCCUGUGGCGGAUGGAUCAUCAUACAUGGAAACGAAUGAGAACGAGGUUAGCGACAGAGUUGUUGCGACGAAGGAGAAAUCAAAGCCACCUCCAGUAUCCACAGGCGAGCUCCAGAAGCUGAGAAAUAUGUCGAAGAAAGUCAACAUAUUCGACAUGCUCGAAGACGACCCCACAGAAAGCUCAGAAGAGCAAUUGAAGAUCAAUGAACAGGAGAGGAUUGCAGACUUGGUGAAGCAAGGCCGGCUCUUGCCGAGAUGGGAGGAGGAUGCCGAGUUUUGGCAGCUGAUCAGCAACAAGUUGCAGGCAAAUGCCACCCAAGAAGGGAUUUUGGAUCUUACGAAGCAUUGA